CCCGCCUCCCGGAGCCUUGCCGGGCCGGCGGCGGGUGAGCUUGCGGGCCCGGCCAAGAAUCUUGCAGCCGCCCGGCUCCGGUUCUCCGCCGAGUGCAUGAGGUUGACGCUACUUUGUUGCACCUGGAGGGAAGAACGUAUGGGAGAGGAAGGAAGUGAGCUGCCCGUGUGUGCAAGCUGCGGCCAGAGGAUCUAUGACGGCCGGUACCUCCAGGCCCUGGACGCUGACUGGCAUGCAGACUGUUUCAGGUGCUGUGACUGCAGCGCCUCCCUGUCCCAGCAGUACUACGAGAAGGAUGGACAGCUGUUCUGCAAGAAGGACUACUGGGCCCGCUACGGGGAGUCUUGCCACGGGUGCUCAGAGCACAUCACCAAAGGGCUGGUCAUGGUGGCUGGGGAGCUGAAGUAUCACCCCGAGUGUUUCAUCUGCCUCACAUGUGGCACCUUCAUCGGUGACGGGGACACCUACACCCUGGUGGAGCACUCCAAGCUAUACUGCAGGCACUGCUACUUUCAGACAGUGGUGACCCCGGUCAUCGAGCAGAUCCUGCCUGACUCCCCUGGCUCCCACCUGCCCCACACGGUCACCUUGGUGUCCAUCCCAGCCUCCGCCCAUGGCAAGCGAGGCCUGUCGGUCUCCAUCGACCCUCCUCACGGCCCGCCAGGCUGCGGCUCAGAGCACUCACACACCGUCCGCGUCCAGGGAGUGGACCCAGGCUGCAUGAGCCCAGAUGUGAAGAAUUCCAUACACGUGGGAGACCGCAUCUUGGAAAUCAACGGCACGCCCAUCCAGAAUGUUCCGUUGGAUGAGAUCGACCUCUUGAUCCAGGAGACUAGCCGUCUGCUCCAGCUGACCCUCGAACACGACCCUCAUGACUUGCUGGGCCCUGGGCCAGCGUCCGAUCCCAGCCCGCUGAGUUCCCCAAUACACACUCCUGGUGGCCAGCCUGGCACCUCUGCCCGGCAGAAACCUGUCUUGAGGAGUAGCAGCAUCGACGCGUCUCCCGGUGCCGGCUCUCUGGCCUCCCCAGCAUCGCAGCGCAAGGACCUCGGUCGGUCCGAAUCCCUCCGUGUCGUCUGCCGGCCACACCGCAUCUUCCGGCCGUCGGAUCUCAUCCACGGGGAGGUGUUGGGCAAAGGCUGCUUCGGCCAGGCCAUCAAGGUGACGCAUCGAGAAACAGGCGAGGUGAUGGUGAUGAAGGAACUCAUCCGCUUCGAUGAGGAGACCCAGAGGACAUUCCUCAAGGAGGUGAAAGUCAUGCGGUGCCUGGAGCACCCCAACGUGCUCAAAUUCAUCGGGGUGCUAUACAAGGACAAGCGGCUGAACUUCAUCACAGAGUACAUCAAGGGCGGCACCCUACGGGGCAUCAUCAAGGGCAUGGACAGCCAGUACCCAUGGAGCCAGAGGGUUAGCUUUGCAAAGGACAUCGCAUCAGGCAUGGCCUACCUCCAUUCCAUGAACAUCAUCCACCGAGACCUCAACUCUCACAACUGCCUGGUACGCGAGAACAAGAACGUGGUAGUGGCCGACUUCGGGCUGGCACGGCUCAUGGUAGAUGAGAAGACUCAGUCAGAAGACGUGCGGAGCCUCAAGAAGCCCGACCGCAAGAAGCGCUACACCGUGGUGGGCAACCCCUACUGGAUGGCCCCUGAGAUGAUCAACGGCCGCAGCUAUGACGAGAAGGUGGACGUGUUUUCCUUUGGCAUCGUCUUGUGUGAGAUCAUCGGGCGGGUGAACGCAGACCCCGACUACCUGCCCCGCACUAUGGACUUUGGCCUCAAUGUGCGUGGUUUCCUGGACCGCUACUGUCCACCAAACUGCCCCCCAAGCUUCUUCCCCAUCACUGUGCGUUGCUGUGACCUGGACCCUGAGAAGAGGCCCUCCUUUGUGAAACUGGAGCAGUGGCUGGAGACCCUCCGCAUGCACUUGGCCGGCCACCUACCACUGGGCCCACAGCUGGAACAACUGGACAGGGGCUUCUGGGAGACUUACCGGCGGGGCGAGAGUGGACUGCCUGCCCACCCCGAGGUCCCCGACUGAGCCUGGCCCUCCCAUCCAACCCUGACCCCAUCUCCAGAGAAUCUACCCUCACAAGUUUCCUCUGCACGAGGUGGCUCAGCGUGGAGUCGUCUCAGUUGAGACGGGGGUGCCCAGGCCCUUCCCCCUGUGAGCCAGGCCUUCUCCCCUCACUCACCAUGCCACCGUGGUCUCUGCCUCCAGCCCCAGGCCACACGCCCAUUGUUCCAUUGCCCUGCCUUACCUCCAUCUCGGUGGGGCCACCCCCCACACUUGUCCUUGCAUGAGCUGGAGGAUCGGGGAGCUGAGCCCAUUCCAUGCACUGCCCCCAGCCGUCCGCACACUGCGCCUGCCCGCGGUGCCCACACACACGGGCGAGGCUGGGCUGGGAAGGUCAUGUGAUAGCCAGGCACGGAGGACGGUGUGUGCCAAGAGAGAGAGAGAAUACAUUCUCAGGAGCCAAACAGUAAAUCUGGGGCUCCAUCAGCCUCCCCGGGGGAGUGGGGGGGGGGGGCGUACGAAUAGCAGGUAUCAGAUGGUCCGAACCCCAGAGCAGAAAGAGAGCCGACUCCACCGGCCCAGCCCCAACUCUCGCUCUUGCUUUGGGGUCUUUUUCAUUUCUCGAUCAAAGCCACUUUAGUGAGAAGCAGGUACCAGGCCUCAGGGUGGACAGGGGUCCCUCGAGGAAGAGGAGGAGGAGGCAUGGGGCUGACUUGGAGGAGCUGGCCACGUGCCCCAUGCUGUGCCGAGGGUGAGCCAGGUACCCACCAGUUCCCCGGCAGCCCCAGGUUCAUCUCGGCGUCCUCUCCUCCCUCUUGUGCCUCUGGCCUCUGCAUUCUUUCUGUGUAAUCUAUUUUUUAAGAAGAGUUUGUAUUAUUUUUUCAUAUGGCUGUAGCAGC